AUGUACUGUGUCCAUCAUCGACUAGUUCAGUUGAUUUUUUCCAUCACCUUUGCACUUUCCUGUACCAUGUUUGAACUGAUAAUCUUUGAAAUACUUGGAGUUCUGGAGGCAAGUUCCAGGUUUUUACACUGGAAGAUUGGACUGUAUGCCAUGCUUUUCAUGCUUAUCUUCUUGUUGCCUUUUUAUAUUGGGUACUUUAUCUUAAGUAACAUCAGAUUUGUCAAACAAAGUGUCCUCAAGCUCCUGACAGUGGCAGCUUGGUUGUUUUUCAUGUACCUCUUUUGGAAGAUAGGAGAUCCAUUUCCAAUUUUGAGUCCUAAACAUGGUAUAUUUUCCAUUGAGCAAGGUAUCAGCAGAGUUGGAGUGAUUGGUGUGACUCUCAUGGCAUUAUUAUCAGGGUUUGGUGCUGUUAACUAUCCUUACACAUCAAUGACAUACUUUAUGAGGCCAGUGACGCCAAACGAUACUCAAUCUUUAGAAAAGAAGGUGUUACAGACGGUCGAUAUGAUCAUAAUGAAAAAGAAAAGAAUUGCUCUAGCGGAACGCGAGAAACUUCUGCAACCUGGUAGUGGCAGCCAGGGGUCAGUUAUAUGGAAUAUGUUGAAGAGUGUGACCACUUCACAGUAUGGAUCAUCUGAAAAUGUUAGUCAGCUGAAACAAGAAGUUGCUGCUCUAGAAGAAUUAAGUAGACAACUGUUUUUGGAAGCUGUUGACAUGCAUACAAUGCAGGAGAGAAUAGAAUGGUCGAAAACUUUAAAAGGAAAAUACUUCAACUUCCUCGGCUACUUUUUUUCCUUGUACUGUGUCUGGAAGAUAUUUAUUUCCACAGUAAACAUUGUAUUUGAUCGUGUUGGCAAAGUGGACCCAGUGACACGGGGAAUAGAAAUAGCUGUAAACUACAUGGGGAUUAACUUUGAUGUAAGUGUCAUGUUUUACUUUACAUCAACUACUGUACUCUGUGUGCUGUAACUUUGAUGUAAGUGU